UCUCCUUCUACAAAGUCGUCAACGGCCCUGCCCCUGAAUACACCAGCGGUGCAAGGGAAUCCCGGCAAGUGAUUGGACAAUGCCGGCUUCCCCCACGUCAUUCAAUAUGCUCAUUAUAAAAUGUGCAGAGCGAGUCAGUGCUUCAGAAUCCAGCUGUUGUGGUACUACGCACGUGGAGGACCCGAGAAUUUAACAACAUGUCACAACAAGAAAACCCAAUGGACAGGCCAGCUGUGGAGAGAUCACAGAGAUCACAGACCACAGAUAACAGACAGACACACAGACUGUAUCCAUCACUGCCAGAAAUAAACAGGUGAGCAACUUCACUUAAAGACCUCAUGACACCUAGAGACUACCUUUUUUUAUUUAGUCUAAAAUAACUUUUAUUUUCGAUUUGAAAUACAUAAUUGUGAUAAAUAUGCCCGGUUCUCUGUUAUUUUCGAAAUUUGUACGCAAGCCACUGAAAUCCACAGGCCAGUGUCUUGACAACGUUCCAACAUAAAGAUGACGUAUGCUCCGGAACGCUUUUAGACCUGAUUGCACCUGCUGCCACCCUUGACCUUGAUCAUUUCUAGUCACAGUAAGUCGUACUCGCAGUUUUAGCAUCUUUAAAGUUUUGUUCUUAAUAUUUUUGUUGAGAACAUGCCUGAGCGGUGUGUUGCAGCGUAUUGUUCAAACACCAGGGAGAACGGUUUUACCCUUCAUCGGUUUCCGAAAGACCCUGCUUUGUGUGAACUCUGGACGCAACAAGUUUGUAGGACAAGAGCUGGUCCGAAAGGAACAGUAUGGAAGCCAAGCUCGUCGUCUGUACUUUGCUCAGCGCAUUUUGAAGAGGAGUGCUACGACUCGAUCCCCGCUCUGAAGGAGCAGCUUGGUAUUGAUGUUCGUCUGAAGAAGGUUUUGCUGCCCAAUUCGGUUCCGCGUAUAUUUCAUCGAGGGACAAGCUCGAGGUUAGCCCCGGGGGCGAACGGCGACGUCAAGAGCCGGAGGUCUCAUGCUCUGGAGAAAAGGCAGAGAUUGGAGGUAUGAUGUUUGUGUGGCGGAGCGUUCCACUGGAGUAAAGCUUCCUUCCGCUGCUGUUCAUCCUCCCCAGAGCCUGCUGAGAGACAAUCAGUUACAAAAGUCGGCUGCAAGCAGUGACGUCAGAAUGAAAGCCCAGAUACGUAUCUUGGAAGAUCAGAGGCAGGAGCUUCUCUGCAUUAAUGAGAAAUGGGCUAAGGAGUACCGCACCAUGGUACGAUACUACAAAGAGAAGGUUCAGGAUUUGAAAGCAUUACUGCACCAUGAUCACCUCGCAGUGGAGAUUUGUGAAGGAGAGAAUGUCCCCUCAAACACGAAAGUCGAAGAUAAAGAUAACACAUGGACUGGUGAAGAAGUACUAAAAGCAGAAACAGAGGCGGAGGAGCUGCGAGCACAAAACAACACUCUGACCCGAAGAGGGCAGCAUCAGAAUGAGGAGAUCCAAAGACUGAACAAGGCUCUCCAGGAGGCUCUUCAGAUUACUAAUCCUCUCGAUGCAAGCACUGAAACACUACAGGACAUCUGGAAACAUCAGGCCCAGAUUUACAAGGAAGACUUUUUGACGGAGCGCAAGGAUAGGGAGAAGCUUAAGGAGAAGAAUUUGGAACAGGAGAAGAAGUUUCGAAAAGUUCACAGUGAGCUACGUGUCCUCAAAUCUCAGGUGGCUCAGACACCACAGCCCGUACUUGAAUGCACCUGUACAAAACAAAACACAAACUGGGAGGUCCGCCAGAUUAACGAGAACCACAUCCAACUACAAAGACGUUACACACCUAACAAAAAACUCUGAAAUUCAACAUCCUCCUCGCUCUGCAUGUUGCACUUUGAGUGGAUCUCAGAUUAGAGUUCAUCAUUAACAGUGUGAGACUUUAGGACCACAUCAAGGACCUGAGCUCUGUUCUGCUCCAGUCCUUGGCCGACUGUCUGCUGCAGAUUCAGAUUCAGGUAGUUUUUGUUGUGGUCGUAAAGAGGCCAAUCCACUAGUCCAGGCCCAUUUGGAGACCUAGGAAUAAAAUGCAAAAAAAACAACUACUUGGGAAAUAGAAAUGUGAACCAGUAGACUACACACUUCCUAAGAAGGAAAAAAAAGCAAAGAAUGAACUAAAAUACUCUACCCGCUGCGUGCAAAGUUUUUUAUGUACUCCAUUGCGAGCUUACUAAGUUCCUCCUCUUCUUGUGACAUGUGUCCUAAAGAGGAAUAUGAAUUAUUGCACAUCCAAAACACUAUUGACUUUAUCAAAAGUGCAACAGUCAUGCCUCUUCAAGUACCUGUAACCACCGUGUGUCCUGUACAAAAGCAGGAUCCGAGAAAAAACAAAGAAUCAUCAUAGUGGUCUGCUUUGACAAAAGUGGGUCUCGUGCUGCCGUGCAUCAGAGGACAAUGCUGAAAUUCGUACAUGUACACAGGCACACCCGCGUCUGGAGGAAGAAUUAAAUGCGAAUCAUGUUGUAAUGAUGGGGUUUGUGAUGGAUGCCGAGUCACUGUUAAUUACCUCUCUGGUAUGCAGCCACUAUACUGGAAGAACGAGCACCAUGUCGCCAAGUAUCUCCGUGAACACGUCACGUACGUCCUCUGGGGAGUCUGCCUGUCGCAGGUAUUCAUUCAGUAUUAAAUCAUUUGCACCUGAGGCCUGUCAGAGGGAAGAUAAAGGGUACAUUUUUCUCUGUAUAUUUACUAUAUGAAUACUUGAAGGCUUUUUGAUUUCUGUUUCUUGUUUAUUUAUCAUGACAAUAAAGCAUUGAAUAUUGAA